AAUGCGCGGGACUAGGUUGAACGUCAGCAUUUUUUAUGAACGCUAAUGUAGGUUACUUAAUGUGCGCGUGCGCGGGGGCAUGACCGCAGUUUAAACAGUCAGCAAAAAAUAAUGACAACAACUUGGUUAAGUUGUAAGCUACUCACUCCUAUACGAUUUCAUAGAGAUAGAAAAUGACUGCUUCAUUUACCGAUACGUAUAUUAAGUGAAGCAUUUUUUACAAUAGGACUCAUGCUUAUUUUGAUCGAGUAAAGGAGAAUACCAUUUUGGCGAGAACAUGUCUAUUUCGAUCUUAGAUGAGGCUGAUCUGACUGACCCCUACUACUAUGCACAGAACAUGUUGGAAGGGCUCGAGAGCGAUGUCGAGGAAAUACGGAAUCCAGGUCCUGCAGACGGCGGGAAGCGGAAGAGCAAACCUACGAGAAAACGGACUGCAAAAGAAUCCACAUUGAAAUCAUAUGUGGUUAGCAAGGCAGUAAAGAGAGGUCAUCGCUUAGUGAAAAUAGAAGUGUUUGAUCUAAAUGAGUGUCAGGACACAAAUAGUGAAAAUGCAGUGUUAAGUGCUCAAUACGUGGUUGUAGAUCCCGUAGAUGAAGUAAUGGACAUGGCAGAGAAUAUUGUCAACAAAAUUUCAAAAAAGAUGUGUAAUAAUUAUUAGUCUAUUUUUAAGUGUAUGUGAUAAUAAAUAUA